CGCCACUGCCGAGCACCUCAGUCUCAUGCGUCGCCUCCGCCUUCCACCCGCCGCAUGAAACGCGCGAUGUCUGAGUCGAGGGAGACGACGCCCAGAGCUGCACCGUUGAAAGCGCCGGCGCAGCAGACGGAAGAAGCUCUAGCGUCCUUGCGACAGCACUGGCAGUCGGAGCCCUUGGCAGAGGCGCUGAACACCUUGGACGCGACGGAGCUGGGCCCCGAGGGACAGCGCUGGAGCCGCGCGGUGGGUCUGCACUUCCCCACGCCGGCCUCAGCGAUACGCGGCGUGCAGCCUUUGGCCGGCAACGAGUAUGCCGACGGCCUCCGUGCUCCCAGCGCUGCCGUUGCGAUGCCCAGCAUGUCCUCCGCGCUGCUGGUGGCACCCGCGCCACCCUGCGGACAUGGUGUGUUCGCCAUGCGUCCUCUACAAGCGGGACAGCGCUUGGGGGAAUACACGGGUGAGGCCCGCAGAUAUGAUCUUUGGUGUGAAGAGAUCAAGGCGCGCAAAGUCGCGCGGCGUGGUGCGGAGUCUUCCGCGUCGCCCUUUAUUUUAGAGGAGCUCUACGCAGCUUGGGCAGGCAUCGGCGGUGGGGAAGGCGUCGUCAUCGACGCCUUUGCCAAGGGCAACGCCAUGCGAUUCAUCAACUGCAGUUGCCAACCCAACUGUUCUUUCAAGAACGUUGGUGCCGGCUUCGAGAAGCACGGCCGUUUGCUGGUGGUGACUUCACGAGACAUUGAGGCAUUUGAACAGCUCUCAGUGGAUUACGGCUGGUACUUCGACCCGGCGACCUUGGCAGAGGUCCGAGCUGAAGCCACCAAGGCUUACAACGAGGACUUGAGCCAUUUGCAGGCGCUGUCCAAAAGCAGAGCCUCUGUUUCGGCCUCCUCCUCCGUGCGGAUCUUGCAGGACGUCUUGCAGGAGGUGCCGGGACCCACCGAGUUCCUGCGCCGCUACGUGGAUCGCGCCCAGCUGACGAGGUUGGUGGAGUCCAAGAAAUCCUUCUCCCAAGCCAAGAGUUACUUGGAGAUUCCAGAGGCUCUGUGGCACUUUUACGAAGUCCUGGGCGCCGACAGGGUGGGCAUCUCCUGCCGAUGUGCAUUGGACAAGAGCCUCAAUGCCACUGGCCUGUGCUCGGGCAUCAUUGGACGGCCGCUGCAAGCGACACACCUUGGGCGUGAGAAGCAGUAGAGAAAAAAGUAAAGGAACGC